AUGAUAAGCAACUCCAGCGAUACUCCGGUGACAGAGUUCAUCUUGUUGGGCUUUUCAGAGCUGUGCCAUCUUCGAGGGCUGCUAUCUGGAUCAUUCCUCACCAUCUAUGUGGUGACUGUCCUGGAGAAUCUGGUCAUCAUAGGGACCAUUGGAGCCAGCCGUCAACUGCACACACCCAUGUACUUCUUCCUGGCCAACCUAUCAGUGCUGGAGACCUGCUACACCACAGUCACCAUCCCCAAGCUGCUGGCUGGCCUCCUGGCACAGGCAAGGGCUAUCUCCUUCUCGGGCUGCCUCACCCAGCUAUUCCUCUUCCUCUCACUUGGCUCCUCUGAGUGCUUCCUUCUGGCCACCAUGGCCUGUGACAGGUACCUAGCCAUCUGCCGCCCACUGCACUACCCAGCCAUCAUGCACUCGAGGCUCUGUCUGCACCUGACCCUCAGUGCCUGGCUUGGUGGCUUCCUGGCCUCCUUUGUGUCCACAGCUCUCAUCUCCCGCCUCAGGUUCUGUGGCCCCAAUGUCCUCAACCACUUCUUCUGUGACAUCUCACCUCUGCUGCAGCUCUCCUGCUCAGACACCACCUCCAUCGAAACACUGGACUUUGUGGCAGCCCUGGCAGUGCUUGCAACCUCCCUGCUGGUGACUGCUGUCUCCUAUGCCCACAUCCUGGCCACUGUGUUGAGGAUUCCAGGAGGGGCUGGCCGUCGGAAGGCCUUCUCCACUUGUACCUCCCACCUGGUGGUAGUUGUCAUCUUCUAUACCACCACCAUCUUCAUGUAUGCCCGACCUCAUGCCAUCAGCUCUUUUGACCUCAACAAACUGGUGUCCGUGGUCUACUCAGUUGUGACUCCACUGCUCAACCCCAUAAUAUACUGCCUGAGAAACCGAGACAUCAGAGAGGCCCUGGCCAAACUCCUCCAGGCCCCUUCCCCCUCCUGA